GCCUCUCGGCAGCUUCUCCAACAGGCUGCGUGAUGAUGAAGCUCAUUAACUUCAUCUGUGGCCGCACGAGCCGCACACGCGCUCCUCCUCCUCCUCCUCUCAGGGUGCCCUCUCCCCAUCCACCGGGACCAGGAUCAGACCCGAGCUCGGCUCUGCGCCCGGGGGGAACUUGAUGAGACCCUCAGACUCCCAUCAGCCCGGUGUGAUGAGCCCCGGAGCCUCCCGUGUUCCCUGUGACGCAGGACAGCCGCGCCGCGCCGCGUCGCACCGCGCACUUUGGAGAGCUGCGAGGAGCGGGAGCAGAGCGCGUCAGUGACUCCGGUCCUCUGUAAGCACUCCACCCUGAUGUGAGCGCGUCUUUUCUUUUACUGUGGUGAGCAGCCAGACACACUGAUCUGAGAGCGAGCACUGUGCCUGUGGGAGGACAGGGACCCGGGCUCUGGGCGGCGGGGAGUCGAACCGACACCCGCAGGUGAUCCGGAGCAUCUGAGAGCUGCUGCUCAAAGGAAUUUACCGCUUCUCCGUCUGUCGGGACCAGGAGCAACUCUGCGCUCUGUGACAAAAAAAAAAAAGUGGAUUUGGAUUUUCUUUCAAUUCUUUUUGGUUGAUGGAUGCUGACGCGGCGCAGGAUCGAGUCCCCGCGGAGGAAUUUAGAGGAAAAUGUUUGUGUGAUGUGACGAACAGCUGGAGACAGAAAACAUCUGUGUGACCUGUGACACAGAGGAAACACCUGCUCCUGCUGCGGAGAGAGAAGGUUUCUGGAAGAAUGUGAAGCUGGAGCUGCUGAGACUGUGAAGCUCCGCCUCCUACGCUGCCCCAGACAGCUAUGUCCGACACAGGAACCUGAACUGCAGGAAGUCCUCGGGGUCAGUGUUCGUAGGUGGGACUCCCCGCCGUGGUUGACCCUGCCCUGGGUGGCGGGAGACUCCAUGUUCUGGCUCGUCCCGUCCUCGCCACACCACCGCUGCUGCCACCUGCCUGUUGAUUGUGCGAUCGUAUCACCGCCCCCUUUCCCUGCGGCUCAACUCACAACAAAAUGGCGAGAGUUUCAAAGCCCCCGAGCAUCACUGGCCACUGCUUCCUGUCUUUGCUGAUGCUGAAGAGUAUCUGGUUGCUGGGUGCCGCCUCCCAGAAGCCCACCAUGCUGACGGACUCCCAGCAGCCCCAGCAGGAGUUCGCUCACUCCAUCCGGCUGGAUGGUGACAUCAUCCUGGGCGGCUUGUUCCCUGUGCACGCUCGCGGCGAGAGAGGCGUUCCCUGUGGCGAACUAAAGAAAGAGAAGGGAAUCCACCGUCUGGAGGCCAUGCUGUUCGCCAUCGACCUCAUUAACAAGGACCCGGACCUGCUGCCCAACGUGACGCUUGGGGCGCGUAUCCUGGACACGUGUUCCCGCGACACCUACGCCCUGGAGCAGUCGCUCACCUUCGUCCAGGCUCUCAUCGAGAGGGACGGCUCUGAUGUCCGCUGUGCUAAUGGAGACCCGCCCAUCUUCGCCAAGCCGGAUAAAGUGGUGGGCGUCAUCGGGGCGUCGGCCAGCUCCGUGUCCAUCAUGGUGGCGAAUAUCCUGAGACUGUUCAAGAUCCCUCAGAUCAGCUACGCCUCGACGGCUCCGGAGCUCAGCGACAACACGCGCUACGACUUCUUCUCCCGCGUGGUUCCUCCGGACUCCUACCAGGCUCAGGCCAUGCUGGACAUCGUCACCGCGAUGGGAUGGAACUACGUCUCCACGCUCGCCUCCGAGGGCAACUACGGGGAGAGCGGCGUCGAGGCCUUCGUCCAGAUCUCCAGAGAGUCAGGUGGGGUUUGUAUCGCUCAGUCUCUGAAGAUUCCUCGGGAGCCGAGACCAGGAGAGUUCGACAAGAUCGUCCUGCGUCUGCUGGAGACGCCCAACGCCCGCGCCGUCAUCAUGUUCGCAAACGAGGACGACAUCCGGCGAAUCCUAGAUGCGGCAAAACGCAACAACCUGACAGGUCACUUCCUGUGGGUGGGCUCUGACAGCUGGGGCUCCAAGAUCUCCCCGGUGGUCCAGCAGGAGCGAGUGGCCGAGGGCGCCAUCACCAUCCUCCCCAAGAGGGCGUCGGUGGACGCGUUUGACCGAUACUUCAAGAGCCGAUCGCUCUCCAACAACCGCAGGAACGUCUGGUUCGCCGAGUUCUGGGAGGAGAACUUCGUCUGCAAGCUGGGGAUGCACGGCAAGAGACCGGGCAGCCCCAAGAAAUGUACAGGGCUGGAGAAAGUUGGCCGCGACUCCACCUACGAGCAGGAGGGGAAGGUCCAGUUCGUGAUGGACGCCGUGUACGCCAUGGCGCACGCUCUGCACCACAUGCACCGCGAGCUCUGUGCCGGAUACCCCGGCCUGUGUCCUCGCAUGGCCAACAUCGACGGGAAGGAGCUGCUGGCCCACAUCCGCGCCGUCGGCUUCAACGGAAGUGCAGGGACUCCGGUCACCUUUAACGAGAACGGCGACGCCCCCGGACGCUACGACAUCUUCCAGUACCAGAUCAACAACCGGUCGGCGGCAGAGUACAAGGUCAUCGGACACUGGACCAAUCAGCUGCAUCUGAACGUGGACGGCAUGCAGUGGACCACGGGCGACCCCUCGCUGCCGGCCUCCGUGUGCAGCCUGCCCUGCCGGACCGGCGAGAGGAAGAAGGUGGUGAAGGGCGUCCCGUGCUGCUGGCACUGCGAGCGCUGCGAGGGAUACCACUACCAGGCCAGCGAGUUCACCUGCGACCUGUGCCCCUACGAGAAGAGACCCAAUCAGAACCGCACGGGCUGCCAGCCCAUCCCCAUCAUCAAGCUGGAGUGGCACUCGCCCUGGGCGCUGCUGCCCGUCUUCAUCUCCAUUCUGGGCAUCAUCGCCACCACGUUUGUCAUCGUCACCUUCGUCCGCUACAACGACACGCCCAUUGUUCGCGCCUCGGGGCGGGAGAUGAGUUACGUGCUUCUGACGGGCAUCUUCCUGUGUUACAUCAUCACGUUCCCCAUGAUCGCUGCGCCUGAUGUUGCCGUCUGCUCCUUCCGUCGAAUCUUCCUGGGCCUCGGCAUGUGCUUCAGCAACGCCGCCCUGCUCACCAAGACCAACCGCAUCCACCGCAUCUUCGAGCAGGGCAAGAAGGCGGUGACGGCGCCGCGCUUCAUCUCACCUGCCUCCCAGCUGGUCAUCACCUUCUCUCUGAUCUCAGUCCAGCUGCUCGGUGUCCUCGUGUGGUUCGCCGCCGACCCGCCGCACACCUUUGUGGACUACGGUGAGCAGCGCACGCAGGAUCCUGGGAACGCUCGCGGCGUCCUCAAGUGCGACAUCUCCGACCUGUCGCUCAUCUGCUCGCUGGGAUACAGCAUCCUCUUGAUGGUCACAUGCACUGUUUACGCCAUCAAGACGCGCGGCGUGCCAGAGACCUUCAACGAGGCCAAACCCAUUGGAUUUACUAUGUACACGACCUGCAUCAUCUGGCUCGCCUUCAUCCCCAUCUUCUUCGGCACGGCCCAGUCGGCAGAGCGGAUGUACAUCCAGACGGCCACGCUGACCGUCUCCCUCAGCCUCAGCGCCUCCGUCUCCCUGGGCAUGCUCUACAUGCCGAAGGUUUACAUCAUCAUCUUCCACCCCGAGCAGAACGUCCCCAAACGCAAACGCAGCUUCAAGGCCAUCGUCACCGCCGCCACCAUGACCAGCAAGCUGUCGCAGCUGGCGGCCGAGCGGCCCAACGGCGAGGUGAAGACGGAGCUGUGCGAGGGCGUGGAGGCCAGCGUGCCGCCGACAAAAAACACCUACGUCAGCUACACCAACCACGCCAUGUGAAAAAACAUCGCCCUCAACACGAAGACGUCGCGGGACAUUUAACUGGAGCUCUGACGCACUCGGAGGAGACGUCGUCAAAGCUGGAGACACAACCGGAGGCGCUCUGAACAACCUGAACGACUGACGAACUGAAGCAACACAUGUGGUGUUUUUAUGUUUACAGACAGCAGCGAACCGGCUCGACCGAAAGGAUCACAAGUCAAAACCAUCCGACAGACCGCGGAGACGCAGCAGGAUGGUAACCUGGGGAAAAAAAAAACAUUUAAACAAGUCUUCAAAAUGAUGAAAUACAAAAAAUAAAUUGUGGGGACCAACCAUAUUUGUUGUUAUUCUAAUUGUACGUUUAAGAAAAAAAAAAAAAAAACUUGUGGUUGUGAAAAUUUCUGGUUCUUGUCUCAUGUCGUCCGUCCGUCGACCUGCAUUAUGAGAUGAGUCCGUCGCUGUUUUUUCGGCUAAUUGAACACGUAGCUUUUGGUUGUGAAAUGUCUAAAUGCCAUGGUUGAAUUGAAGCAUGCAGUUUUUUAUACAAAUGAUCUAUUUAUAAUAAAGGAAUGUUUCACAA